CCAACAGCAGUCUAGCUGUCCUAUUAAAAGAACGGAAAGCUAGCACAUCGCUUCACUUUCCUCUUUUCUGAACAUCUUCAAUAGAAGACAAUUUGUUUGAUCAGAAACACACGGAAGUGACCAGACUUUAAUCUAUCGAGUAUAUACGUCAUUCAAACGUGAAACAAGAUGGCCAAUGAAAUUGCAGAUGAUACCAAUUUGACCACUCUUGCCAGCAUUGUUUUUUUUAUGCAGGCUGGUUUUGCGUUUCUGGAAGCUGGCUCAACACGAUCGAAGAACACAACUAACAUUCUCUUCAAGAACUUCAUGAGUGAUGGCGAUGCAUUCCUUGGAACUAAAUACAUCUUUCUUUCUGGAGUUGGACAACAUAGUGGAGAGUUAGUCAAAUGGUUUGUCAACUAUGUUUAUACUAUCACGGCAGCCACAAUUGUGAGUGGGGCAAUGGCAGAAAGAACACAAAUGAAAGGAUAUUUUACAUUUGCAAUUUUAUGCACAGGAUGGGUGCAACCAGUUGUAAGUCACUGGGCGUGGGCAGAACAGGGUUGGUUAAAAUCUGGAAUCUUUAAUGAACACUAUAAUGUGACCAUUCGUUAUGAGGAUUUUGCUGGAAGCAGUGUUGUACAUGUUGUUGGAGGAGCAUCUGCUCUCAUAGGUGCUGCAGUAGUUGGUGCGCGUAAGGGUCGCUUUGAUGAGAGAGGAAAUUCAAUUAAGAUACCUGCAAGUGCAACAGCAAUGUCUACCCUUGGAGGGUUCAUUAUUAUAUUUGGCUUUUUUGCAUUUAACUUGCUUUCUCACGGUGGCCUUUCGAAAGCAAAUGACGGUAGUCUACUUGGUCUGAUCGCUGUCAACUGUGUAUUGGCAUCUUCCGGUGGUAGUCUUACUGCUCUCAUUUAUAACCGAUUCAGAGAUAAGCAGAUAGGAAAAUGGAGUCUUUCGUCUGCAAUCAAUGGGUCAUUAGUGGGAAUGGUUUCUAUUAGUGCUGGUGCUAGCAGUAUUUAUCCUUACGGUGCAUUUCUUGUUGGUUUGGUAUCAGGUGUUGUAUACAGCUUGGCAGCAAAGUUGGUGGAACGUUACCGAGUGGAUGAUCCAUUGGAUGCUAUUGCUGUGCAUCUCGGUGGUGGUAUAUUGGGAACUGUGAGUGUUCCUUUUCUGGAUUCUAACUAUGGGUUAUUCUACAAAAGAAACAUCUUAUCCAUGUGGCUUAUUGGUUGGAAUUUAUGUGGUUUGUUUGCCAUAAUCAUAUGGACAUUGAUGUGGGCUGCUCUUAUAUUUGGAAUUAUGUCGGCGCUAAAUUUUCUUCGAGUUACAUCAGCUGUAGAAAAACAAGGUAUUGAUGUGGUACAGCACGGAGAAAAAGCAUAUCCCUAUGAAAUGACUGGAAGAUCACGUUCUGCAUCUACAACAACCGUGACAGAAUUAAGGCUUGGGAAUCGUUGCCAAGACGAGGCUCAACAACCCAGAGAAAGAGGCAGAGACACUGCACCAUAUGCUCAAGAAGAAGACGUUGGAAGUUUGCAAAACUUAGUCAAUAUGAGCCAAAGUUCAGAGGCAGAUCCAGUAUCUGCUGUGUAGCUGGAUUUGCAAUCUGGUGUCAUGUCAGUAAUUGGACGCAAAGAAUGACGCUAUUCCUUGUUUUAGGAACUAGCUGAUGUCAGUAGGAUACUAGACACCAAGCUGUACUAAGGCGUGAAGGUUUAUGCCAAAACCAAUGCGUAGUAACUAUUGCUCUUUUUGCAAGGUAGUGCAUUAAUAUUGUGACUUUAGAUAAUCACUAUUGCUUCUAGAUAGCAGCAAUUGCCUAUGCUAGUAACUGUUAGUUCUAGAGUUACAUCGUAAAGCAAGUGCUGAG